AUGGAAGACAACUCAAAUUUUGAGACUAAUGAGAAAGAAUCAGCACUAAUCAGUGAUGAGGAGGAAAAUGGCGACAGCUUUACUCGAGCGGAUGAUCAAAGUAACCCUGAACUGGACUUGCUAAAUCAAAAACUUCAGAGAUAUGAUCUUGCACAAAGCUCAAAAGGAGUAGGGCCUAACCUUAUUACUGAAUUUAACAAAAGACCAUUAAAUGAUACCCCUAUAGUUAGUGGUACCGCCUCACCUCGUGCAGGCAUGGCAAUGUCUCCUCUCGAUUUGAGUGAAGAUGAGGAUGAUAUAACCAACAAAAACACGAUUGAUGACACUACAAAAUGCAGUAUUGAUCGCAGUCUAAAGAUAGAACCCUAUAAAAUAGGAUCUAGCUCAUACAAGCCUACCAAAACGACUCUUGAUAUCCCUGGCCAGACUAAGUCAAAGAUAUCCCCGGAUGGAACAAUCGUUAAUACAAGUGAAAGGGUUGUGGUGGUCAUGAUUGGAUUACCGGCCAGAGGCAAGUCCUAUCUUAGCAACAAGUUGGUCAGAUACUUGAACUGGCUUCAGAUCAACGCCAAAAUCUUUAACGUUGGAUCUACACGAAGAGCAAAGGCUGCUAAUUUAGGACCAGAAAACUCACCCUUACCCGACAAGAAGGCUGGCACUUUACACGACGCAAGUUUCUUUUCCCCUGAUAACAAAUCCAACAUCAUUCUGAGAGAGCAGUGGGCCAAAGAAACCUUGGACAAUUUACUACAUUAUCUUUUGGAGGGAGACGGAUGUGUUGGAGUUUUUGAUGCCACGAAUUCAACUAAGCUAAGGCGCAAGAAUGUCCUUGAUAUGAUCAUGGAGAAAAGCAAAGGACAACUCAAAGUUCUAUUUUUAGAGAGUAUCUGUAAUGACAGGACAAUACUGGAGGAUAAUAUUCAGCUCAAAUUACAAGGACCUGAUUACCGGAAUAUGAACCCCGAACUUGCAAUCAAAGACUUUCUUGGAAGAUUGAAAAACUACGAACUCGCGUAUGAAACUAUUGAUGAAGAGGAAGAGCAGAAUAGAAACUUUCAAUACGUCAAGAUGAUCGAUGUGGGCCGCAAGGUUAUUGCGUGUAAUAUACGGGGAUUUCUGGCGUCACAAAUCAUUUACUAUUUCUUGAAUUUCAAUCUCAAUCCUAGACAAAUAUUCAUCACAAGACAUGGGGAAUCAGAGGAUAAUGUGAAAGGGAGAAUUGGUGGGGAUUCAAACCUAACUCCGAGAGGACAUGCUUUUGCUAAAGCCCUGGCAAAAUUCAUGGACUUCAAGAAGCGUCAGUUUAGAGAAAAUCAGUUAAAAGGAUUCAAUGUAAGGAAUGCCAGUCUAAUAUCCAACUCUCAACUCAAGAAAACCACACCUGAGGAGCCUUCAUUUUCGGUUUUCACGUCAAUGCUACGUCGCAGCGUACAAACGGCUAAGUAUUUCUCGGACGAUUUUUAUGAUAUCAAAGAAAUGCGUAUGCUAGACGAGCUGGGAAGCGGCAAGUUUGACGGCAUGACAUAUGAAGAAAUUCAAAGGCGUUUUCCAGACGAAUUUAAGUCUAGGUUGGAAAACAAAAUGGCCUAUAGGUAUCCCGGAGUCGGUGGCGAAUCAUAUUUGGAUGUGAUUGCACGGCUCAAACCCCUGAUAACCGAGCUCGAAAGGACUACCAAUCACAUACUGAUUAUUACACACCGGGUUGUUGCGAGGGUUUUGAUUGCAUACUUUUUGAACCUAAACAAAAACUCUGUGGGAGACUUAGAUGUGCCUUUGCAUACAGUCUACAUGUUUGAGCCUAAACCAUUUGGCGUGGAUUACCAUAUAUAUGAGUUUGACGAAAAGACAAAUUGGUUCAUCGAACUAGAUCCAAAAAAUUUACAAAACAGCAAAAGGAUGAGGCAAGUUGGUAUUUCAUUCAGGGAGCGUGCAUAUUCGGUGGUGCCUACAGCCCCUAGAAAAAUACAAUCAUCAUUUUCUUGCGAUGAUAAUAUCAACGAACCCCCGAAAACAGUAAAUUCAAAUUCCUCUGCCUCUUCGAGUUCCUCGGCCACCAGUCUGCCAUUGGGAUCAAAGACUAACAACCGCACUAACAAGACUAUUCUCGACAAUAUUAACUCUGCCAGAGGUUUGGGACAAAUACCUAGUAAUUGCUUAUAA